AUGAUGGAAUUGUCUAGCGCGAGUACUGUAAAGAAGAAACGACAGUUGGCCAUAUUCAAUGCCUACGCCACGCCUCUGCGACAAGACGAAAGACGGCUGCGGGCGUCUUAUGAGCACGGGGGGGUUGUUGGGGGCCACGUAGCCAGUAAUGAGAAGGUUUUGUUGUUCGACGACUUUGUGGACCUCAUCUCGAACUCACGGUCGUUCUAUUCGAAGUUCACGGAUCACUGCUUUAACCUGAACCAGAUACCGAACACAGUGUUCGGGUGCAUUUUCUUUGCAAUCGAUGAGAAUAACAAGGGCUACCUCAAUGUGAACGACUGGUUCUACUUCAACAACGUGCUAGAAUAUGACAACUACCACUUUAUCAUCCUGUAUGAGUUUUUUCGGAAAUUUGACGCUGCACGGGAGCGCGCUUACGGCCCCUCGGUCAAGUCAAUCAACUACGGUAACCGCUUUCUUUCGUUCGACGAGCUCUACUUGGACCUAGAGCAGUUCCAAGCCACUCUGCGGCUACUGCACAGCUGUGUACGCGACGAUUUUAUCGUUAACAACAAGCUGUUUCUCGACUGGAAGCAGUUCCGUUGGCUCAAAUGGUACCAGUUCUACCCGCGGGGCCUAUUGCAGAACGGACCCCACAUCACCUUGAACUCGCUGAUAUCAAUAGUGCAGAAUGACCUGAAGUCGGAAAAGCUGCUGCUGGGCUUCCACUGUUUAUCGCAGCUGGACCACCGUACCAACUCUAUGACUAUCAGCAAGAAUCAGCUUGUCUAUCUCAUGCGGCUCUUUUACUCGCACAAAAUCCCAGCGGAUAUAUUCAACUCGCUGAACAUGUCGACCCUUAGCUGCGCUAAAUGUGAUAACAACCACAUCAAUUACAACGUCUUUCGAGACUUGUUCUACCUGAUACAAAACUUUGAUCUUCUCAACCAAAUUGUCCACCGGUACGCGGAAGUUCAUAAAUUCAGUGAUCGUGAUGUUCGGGAGCAGCAUAUCAGCAGGAAGGAUCUGUUGAGGUUUAUGAACACGGAGUACAAUAAGAUCAACAACAUUAUUGAGUUCUCGCCCGCGCAGAUAUCCCUCCUCUUCUCUAUUGUAACUAACUCUAAAAAGCUAAACUACUUGAACAACGCACGGCAGAAUAAUCCUGAGCUUUCAUACCAUCAUAGAGAUUCGGAGAUAGACAGCUUCAUCCACAACGAGUACAUAAAUGGGAAUGCUGCAUCUUCGUUGCAUAAUGAAAGCCUUGAAAAAUUCAACGAUGACUUCGAGAAUAUCAUACAAGCAGAUGCUGGUGAUACUAAACAGCAGAUAUCAUCUACCGACUGGCGAAGUGUGUUCUCAUGGAGCUCUUUUCUCUCUAGUUUUGAGUGGUUACAUUUCAAAAAGCGGAAAUCAGUCCAGACUAAUGGGCUGUCAGACGAGUAUGUUAACGAAGCCUUGACCUUGGAAGAUAUAAUGAAGAUCGUCAAUCCGAACUACCUUAACGACUUGGUUCAUCACAUGGAGCUGCGGCGCAUUGAGAGUGAAUCACGGAGCUCGAACUUAUAUUUCUACCCGAUAUUCGAUUCUAUCUAUAACUUCACGUUGGGUUCGGUAGCGGGAUGCAUAGGUGCUAUGGUUGUAUAUCCAAUCGAUAUGGUGAAGACACGAAUGCAAGCCCAGAGAGACUUCUCGAAGUAUAAAAAUUCGAUCGACUGCCUUCUUAAAAUACUAUCGAAGGAAGGCGUUAGAGGAUUGUAUUCUGGAUUGGGGCCUCAGUUAAUCGGCGUCGCACCUGAAAAGGCUAUCAAGCUAACGGUAAAUGAUCAUAUGCGUGCAACUCUUGCUGGUAGGGACGGGAAGCUGUCUCUUCCCUGUGAGAUAAUCUCUGGAGCUACAGCGGGUGCCUGCCAGGUCGUUUUCACAAAUCCCUUAGAGAUUGUAAAGAUCAGGCUUCAGGUUAAGUCCGACUAUGUUGCCGACGCAGCCCGUAAUAGCGUCAAUGCAAUAUCGGUGAUCAAAAACCUCGGACUUAUUGGUUUAUACCGGGGAGCCGGCGCCUGCUUAUUAAGAGAUAUUCCUUUCUCUGCAAUAUAUUUCCCCACCUAUGCUCACAUUAAAAGUAAUGUUUUCAACUUUGACCCCAAGGAUUCUGACAAACGCAAUAAGCUCAAUACGUGGCAGUUACUUGUAUCCGGUGGUCUAGCAGGGAUGCCGGCGGCAUUCUUGACUACACCUUUCGAUGUUAUCAAAACAAGGUUACAGAUUGAUCCAAAGAAAGGUGAAUCUGUCUACAACGGAAUAUGGGAUGCCGCGAGAACCAUAUUGAAAGAGGAAGGAAUCAAGAGCUUUUUCAAAGGAGGGCCUGCCAGAGUUUUAAGAUCCUCACCACAGUUUGGGUUUACACUGGCCGCCUACGAAAUAUUUCACAAUCUCUUCCCAGCGCCUAGGUACGAUGAUUCUACGACUCACAGACCGACUAGAGAGCCGGUUGGCGCUCUUGCUCCAAUAAACAAAACAGUCAGUGCGUUUUUCCCCGAUCAACUAGAGCCUCAUGUGGGCAAUAAUAAGUGGGCCUCUCGCCUUUAUGGUCCAAACAUCGAUCCAUAUAGCAGCAGCUUCCUGAAUUAUUACUACAAAAGUUGCCAGGUAGCGAAGGCGUUCAUGGAUCUGGAUUACAACUUUGCCCACUUCGAUUUCAACACAUACCAGCAGUUCCAUGAUGAAUUAAACGCAAUGAAGAAUAAAAAGCACUGA